GCCCAACCUCCACCCUCGCAGCAGGUAUCGCAGGCUAGCGUGGCUGGAGGAGGGAACCAAGGGCAAGGCGGGCAGAGCAAUGGAGGCCGCGGCCAGGGAGGUCGAGGAGGCGGUGGCCGAGGCCAAGGAAGAAACGGCGGAGGUCAUGGUGGUGGAUGGAAUGGCCAGGGGGGCCAGGACCAAGACGGCCAAGGUGGUCAAGACGGGGGCCAAGGGCCCUAGAUCGAGCAUGACCUAUAGGCCCCCCACGUCGCAUGGAAGAGUACCACAGGCGGCGUGUACCAGAAGUCAGAACAAGGCUGGAACUAGUCAAGCGUCCAGCCAGGCACCUUGUCAGGCACCCCCUCGAAAGGAGCCUGAGCCCGAACGCAGGAGGGAGGUGGUGGAAGUCCUGGAAGAGGAAGAUGAAGAUGACGACAAGGAGGAUGAGAGGCUCCGGCAAGAGGAAGAUCGGCGGGCGGAGCUAAGAGCUAGGAAGAUAGGGGUUAAGGCGGAAGCUGAGCCAAGCCAGCCUGACAGCGUACCUAAGAGGAAGAAGUACGCGGUUCGGCUGGAAGAGGGCUUUGAGGUGGAAAGGAUGGUAGACAGACUCCUGGAAGGCCACAAUGACGUAAUGAACUUGAAGGACAUUUUGGCGUCAACCCCAAGGCUCCGUGAUGAUGUGGAGGUAAGGAUGCAGAGGUUGAGAGCUUCGCCGGUGGGAUGCGAUGGGUUGCCUAUUCGGCUAGAGGAAGGCAAUGCGGAGGAGUUCAUUCCCGCCUACGAGCAGUAUAUGCGCGAUCAGGGGACCGUGCAGGAAGAGUGGAUGCAAACAUUGCUCCUCGGGACACGAAGGGCAGAGAGACCAUUGGCAAGACAGAUUCGGGAUAGGGCGCGUGAUUGGGAAGAUUGCCAGGCUCAGUUGAGGCAGGCGUUCCGACGGCCAGAGCCUGAGAUGCCAGAGCCCAUGGUUGAAAGAAGGCAGAGAAGUGAGAGGCUACUGGGCCCAGGGACAGGGGGGGGCAUUGUGACUAGGAGAGGCCGAAAAGCCUUGGCACGGCGAGAGGAGGAACCGGUGGAGCCGGCUCAGGCAGCAGAGCCACCCCCUACUUAUGGAUUUGAGCAAGUGAAGUUUCGUCAGAUCACUAGCAGUGACUUACGGGGCCCUUUGCCGAAAUUGCCAGAGGAAGGGGAGGAUGUGCUAUCGGAGACGCCGCUCAGGAGUUUGGAAGCCCACCUUGAUGCCACCUGCACCGGAGGCUAUCACUUCGCCCAGGAAGGUGGCAGAGACAAGGGGCAGGAGGAGGACGAAAGAGCGAGGGCGCGUACGAUCGUCGACUCACGGUUAGCCGAGUAUGCGGCCGAGCACUCGGGUACUGAGAUGCCAGCGUCCGAUGAGCCACCGUCAGAGUUGCCGCAUGUAAAGAAGGGGGCAAGUGUUGAGGCUCCGACUCGAGAGACCCACGAGGCGCGGACAGGGAGAGCACCAAGAGAGACGGCUGAGGAGAAGUCUGUCAGGGUGCAGGCUCACCUCGCGGAGAUAUAUGAGAAGCAAGUUAGGAUGGAGGCCGCAGGUGUGGCACCGACGCCGCCGAUCGAUCGCAGGACGAGCGAGCAAAAGAUCGAUCAGAUGUGGGCUAGGUACGAGAGCAGGAGGGAUGCCGCCCGCCAGAGGUCGCAAGAGACGGGACAGGAAGACGAGAGGGCGGACGAGAUGAGGGAGAUUGGAGACUUGAGAUUUUUUGCUGCCAGGAUGGCGAUCGAGCGAGCUGAAAGGAGGAUAUGCCAGGCGGCGACAACAUCAUUCCAUCGAUAUAUCCUGCUCGGUGAUGAACUGGCGGUUAGGAAGUUGGAGGUGGAGCAGUUGUCUACUCAGCUAGCGGAGGAGAAGGCAGAGAAUCGAGCCUGGAGAACUCAUAUGGAAGUCAGGGAAGCCGAGUGGGAAAAGAGGCUCCAAGAUAUGGCGGCGGCUGUGGAGAGGCUCUCGGCCACUAAGGUGGUCGAUCAGACGGAGCAGAGCAGAUAUGGUAUCCAGGGUGAGAGGGUGUAGGGACUCUUUGGCCAGGGAGGGGCGGUAGAGCCUCCCCAGCAGAAAGAGAUAAAAAAGGUGUUCCUGG